UAUUAGUUCACCUAAAAUGUGUAGAUUAAGAGACAGGCCAUUGGCAAACUUUAUCUUAACAUAAAACGCUAUUUUCUGUGAUGUAAACAACGCCAUGCAUUCUUCUGCGUACUGACGGACCAGUCCACUUUUCUAGAGGUGUGUUGGCUUGAUCAUGCACAUACACCCUAGGUGGCAUGCAGUCAAUACGUGUCAAGCCAACUCUAUGCCAAGGCCUUUGAUUGGCUGCCAACGUGUAACGAUUUGAUUGGCUGCAUACAAGCCUUAAUUAACAUACAUACACGUUAUUACCCAUAAUUCCUGUCAUCUUAGCAACGGACAUGCGCAAACGAUCACAGUUUUGUUUUGAUAGCAACGGGCAAACCAGUGUUUGCUCGUUGUACAAUGACAACAAUCUCAACUUCCUUGGCAACCGUCAUUACCCAUAAUUCCUGUCAUGUUCAUUACCCAUAAUUCCUGUCAUCUUAGCAACGGACAAUGUUUUGAUAGCAACGGGCAAACCAGUGUUUGCUCGUUGUACAAUGACAACAAAUCUCAACAGGAAGUUGUCAUCCUUGGCAACCGAUUGUCAGCGACAUCUUUCAUUGUAACAUGUAACUAAACAACAAGCUUGGCAUAGGCCAGUUUUCAUAUGUUGCCUUCACCGGGAAACGAACCUACGCCAACACAUAACCUCAUGUGUGGAAGCUCCAUGCUUUACACACUCGGCUAUUGAACUUUCAACCAGACCAACGACAUUUAUGCCUAUUUAACAGUAACAUAUGUUUAAGGUAACACCUGUUUAACAUUAAUUACGUCAGUGCUGCCAUCUGUUUACUUGAAUUUUUCCUUCAGUUUUGGAUAAUGAAGACAGUAAAAAGGCCAUUUAUUUUAAGGAAUCAACCCAUUGAGCUGUAGUAUUCCCUAAGUAAUAUAUAUAUGAGGUGUCUGGUUCUUAGGGGUUUCUAAGCUAAUUUGAGGCAAAAAGGCCUGUAAGGGAUUUUGUCAAAAUAGCUUCAAAAUACCUACAUUCCUAUCACCUCAUAUAUAUAUUGCUCAGGAAGAUACAAUUGACUGUCUUGACUUAUGCAUAACUGACAAUGGUUCCUGGUUGAAGGAGAAUAUGCUGAAAAAGAACGACGACAAGACGGAGGUGGCACUCUUUGCAUCCAUUCAUCGUUCCAAGACCCUGGAUCACGUUUCGGUGAAUGUUGGUGACUCUAUCAUUGACUCUGUGGCAUGCGUACGAAAUUUGGGGGUGAUGUUUGACAAGAAAAUGAACAUGGAAGCACAGGUGAAUGCUGUCUGAAGAUCGGCCUACGCCCAACUGAGGAAUGUUGGACUUAUCCGGCAGUAUCUCAGCGCUUCUGCGGCCCGCUCGCUAGUGUGCGGCCUAGUCACAUCACGGCUGGACUACUGUAAUUCACUGCUCUAUGGCAUUUCAAAAGACCUUAUGAACAAGUUGCAGAGGGUGCAGAACGUGGCGGCCCGCAUCAUCACGCGCACCAAGCAUCGAGACCACAUCUCCCCUGUACUACGCGAGCUCCACUGGUUGCCAGUUGAGCAGAGGGUGAACUAUAAAAUCCUCAUGCACGUUUUCAAGUGUGUGCAUGGAACAGCCCCGGGUUACCUGUCAAGCCUAGUUAAUAUCUAUAGGCCAGGCAGAGACCUUCGGUCAGCUGAUGACAACAGACUGGAAGUUCCAAGGGCCCGGAGCAAAUAUGGAGAGCGUUGCUUCUCUUUCUCGGCUGCUGUUCUGUGGAAUGCGCUCCCUUUUGAGGUCAGGCAAGCAAGGAGCCUUGCAUCAUUUCAGACGAUGCUAAAGACUCAUCUUUUUCGACAGUGUUAUUAAUAUUGUAAAAGCGCCUUUGAACGGAUAAUAAUCUGAAAAGGGCGCUUAAAUUUAAAUAUGGUAUAUACAUACAUACAUACAUACCUCGCAGAAAAUGUGUUGUCGGACGGGUGAAACUAAUCCGCGAGAUGGCGCUUCAGUAGUUUAACCCUUCAGAACUGGGUUUCCCAUUGGAAAUAAGUAAGGGACCUUAUGAAAAAAAGAUGUCGCUGAUAUUUCAAGAAGAUUCGUCAGAGUUCUUAGAGCAAAUCGCUUCACUCGAGAGGGACCAAUUGACGAAUAAAGUUAUAUGUGAGGUUGUUGGUAGAUUGAAGAAGACCAAACAAAAAAAGAAUCGUGUUUAUCGUGGGAAAACAUCAAAGCUGCCCUUGCCACUGUAGUCGAUGAUACAUUGGACUGUAUAACUGAGAAAAACUUGCACCACAGUUUUUUUUCUGUAUAUGAAAAAAGGUGCACAAAGAUCAAGAAUGGAAAGGAUUCGGAUGGCUAUAAGGAGUUCCUGUCCGCUGUUUACGUUCUACCAUCGACAAGAGAACCUAGUGCACCCCAACUGACACCGAGGUCAAGGCCUGUGACACCUAAUUUAUUUCAGGAUGGUGUUAAUGAGGAAGUUUUUAAAGAGAACUAUGAACUGAAGCAGCAAAACAAUUCUCUGCAAAAUGACAUUUAAGAGCGUGAUGCAAAGGUUGCAAAGUUAGAAAAGCAUUGUCAAGAUCUCACACAAAAGAAUUUCACAGAGGAACGGAAGAAGACAGAACGAAAGAGGCUCACUGAGGAUAGCAAAAGACAAUUUAAUAGGGCGGCGUAUUGGAGGCAAUUGCACUUUGAUACUAAGAAUGAACUCGAAAUUAAAAAAAAGAUUCUGACCAAGACUACUAACAGUUUGAAAAGUAUGCACUCCAAAUUUCUAAAAGUCCGAAGACAGCAGGCAAAGCCACUGACUGUUACUGUUACAACAAAUACUUCUGAAAUUUCAUCUGAUGAUGAACUCAUGAAAGUCAUAGCAGACUUGAGAACAAAUGUUAAGGGGAAAAAUGAUACCAUUGGGGUUUUGGAAGACCAGUUGCUUAAAAGCCAAGAUAGGGUGAACGAUCUUCUAAACCAGGAAAAGUCGACAAAGAGAGAUGGAGUAGUGAUCCACAACAGCCUAGCAGUAGCAGUAGCACUAGCACAUUGCAUGUACAUGGUGACCAUGAUGAUGGUGAUGAUAGUGGUAGUGGUAGUCCUAGGCGUAGGUCUACAUGUGGUGAUACUGGGACUGAGAGUGAUAAUGAGAGUCAGAGUGCAGUAGCUGGGCCUAGCUCCAGUGGUUCUAAAGGAAACAGUGAUGAUACAGGCAGUGACAGUGUAAAUGAUUCGGCUACCAGAAAGAAACUGAACUUUUAUCGUAUGUUUAAUAGACUCUAGUGAUAGUGAAACUGAAGAUCCACCUGAUUUUUUGUUUGAUGUGUUUUUGCCGGUACAGGUCUCCCUUUUGUCUGAUUUGGUGAAGGGCCUGAAGUGUACUGCAUGCAAUGCGGCGAAGCUCUAUGUUAUGCCUGUUGAGAGAGGAAGGUUUGAUGGUAUGACGACGAAACUUGAAACUUCUUGUGGAGCUUGUGGAGAAAAGUUCAGAUCCACAUAUUCAUCUCGUCGGUUAGCCCAGAAUAUACCUGCGGCUGGAGAACAGGGCAGAAAAACUGCUUUUGAGAUAAAUCGCCGGAUGGUAGCUGCAGCAGUCGACGUUGGCAUUGGCAGAAAUGGGUUAUUGAGACUCUGUAAAAUGACUGGUAUGCCAUGUCUCAGUAAGGAGAGCUACGAGUCUAACCAGAAAGGUUUCAUCAGGUCAUUACAGGAUGUUGACGAGACUGUCCUCCAACAUGCAGCAUAUGUUGUACGCAAGGUGCAUCGAGAACUGAACAGUGAUAUUGGCAAGGAUGAUGUCAUUAACCUGAUGGUCAGCUUUGAUGGGUCCUGGUUGACUCGCGGCCGAGGGGGCCACUCAAGUUUGAUUGGACUUGGAGCUGUUGUUGAGGUGAUAACAGGAUUAGUUAUUGACUAUGAAGUGUUAUCAAAAUACUGUCAUUCCUGUGCCCUUGCAGAAAAUCGUUUUGGUGCAGAUACACUUACAGUAGAAUUCAGGAAUUGGCAUGACAAACACGAGGACUGCUUAAAAAACUAUACUGGUUCCAGUAACGGUAUGGAACCAAAAGCUGCUGAAAUUCUGUGGCAACGAUCCAUAGCGAAACAUUCAUUCCGUUACAUCCAAAUGUUAUCAGAUGGUGAUUCAAGCACCUACUCUCAUGUUCAGAGACUAAAUGUGUAUGGAAAUGAUUUCCCUGUGCUAAAAGAGGAAUGUGUGAAUCAUGCCUCCAAGCGUCUUAGCACAUCACUUCGAAAUUUGCGCAAACGUGAAGGCCUAGGUGGCAGGGGUGCAAGCAGGCCAACGGAUUCUAAGAUUGACAAAAUGGCCGUUCAUUAUGGACGUGCAGUGAGGGGCAAGGAAACAGUUGUUAAAAUGCAGAAGACCAUUAUGGCAAUUUUGAAUCACAGUGUCUCAACAGAUAGUGCUCCUGAACAUUCUGUUUGCCCGGACGGUGAGGACUCUUGGUGUUUUUACAACAGGGCUUUAGCCAAGGGGGAAACUAUCCCUUCGCAUCAGGGCAGGGUCAGUACCCAGAUCUCUGAACAAAUUUUUGAGGCCAUCUUGCCAACCUUUGAACGUCUUUCUGAAGCUUCGUUACUAGGUCGUUGCCUUGAUGGGAAAACCCUAAAUUCCAAUGAAGGGCUUCAUUCAUUAGUGUGGAACAAAUGUAAAAAAAUCAAUUUCUAUGGUCUAGAGAGGGUGAGGGCAUGCGUUGCCCUUGCCAUAAGUGAAUUUAAUUCCGGAACAGAAAGGACAACUGACCUUGUACUUGAACAAGGUGUAGGCACCUACACUGGUAAAGUGUCCACUAAAAUUGCCAAGGUAUUGGACAGAGUCAGACUAAAAAAAAGUGAUAAGCGUGAUCACGAUAAAGACUCCCAUCGCCGUCAAAGCAGACACCAGGCCAGGUUGCGUGCUGAACAACAGCAUGAAGCUACAGAGGGGGGUAACAUACAAAAGUGGGGCUUUCUGAACAGGCUGGACUUUUUGGGGAGAAGCAAUUGAUUUAUGCAACAUUGCAAUCUCUCAAUGAAUUUAGAACUUACACGGGCAUGGAGAAUAAGCAAACCAAAUGUUUUUAGCAGCCUUGAGUUUGUGCCAAUAUUUCCAUUCUAAGGUGCCUGCCUACAGGCUACACCAAACAGAGCACUAAACUUUGAAAAAAACAUUCUCCAAUCUAGAUAAAAAAGCAGUACUGAAGUAUUUUGAAUUUUCUUGAAUGACAUAUUGGCCUGGCUUCACAUUCUUGAAGCGAUGCGUUUGUUGAACAUUUGGCAACCUGGUAUAUAUGCUCAUCAGAUUACUAAAAUUCUGCAAAAUGAUUGUGUCUGUAAUGUUUUCUUGUUGGUUUCUAGUUUAUCUGAUUACAAAUAAUAUUUUUUUGUGUAAAAAAAGGGUUUUUUUCAGCAUUUGUUUACAUGUAGUAUGUUUUCCAAUGUUUACCAUUGAUUUUCUCAAAAUGAGGUUUUUUACCUACCUUCAGGCACUAUGCCCAGGACAG